AUGGCUGAGAGCUCGUCCGACAAGCUUGACACCAGUAGGAUCACUGAGUGGAGGUCAAUUGUGACCUUGGUCUUGUUCGUACUGACCAAUGUGAACGUUCUUUUCCCGUUCCAUAUCCCUUUAUACGUUCCGCGAUGGUUUGCGAAUGGGAUUCUGGACUUCUUAAGCGCGUUGAGGAUAAUAUCGCCGCGGCGAAAUCAACGCGCUGAUGAUGACGAUGACGACCACGGGAACGGCAAGGUGAAGCCCUUUGUGAGGCUUAACUUUCCCAUGAAUUUUGUCACAGCGCCGCUGAUUGCCGACUUGUUCCUCCUCGCCAUCUCCGCCAUCGGCCGCGACGAGGUCCGCGGCGGCACCAUUGGCGCCGACCACAUCUCGCCCAUCGAUAUUAUGAUUUUCUUCAUCUCGUUGGCUUACAUUGCCAUUUCCAUCGACGCAUCGGGACUGAUUCGCUGGCUGGCCUACAAAGUUCUCCUGUGGGGAGGGAAAAGCGGCCAUAGGCUCUUCUUCUACCUCUACUCUUUCUUCGCGCUCCUGGGCAGCUUCAUCGGCAAUGACCCCAUCAUUCUUUCUGGCACUCCCUUCCUCGCUUACAUGACGCGAGUCUCGAGCAACAUCGAGCACCCAAGAGCCUGGAUCUUCACUCAGUUCGCCAUCGCCAAUAUCGUCUCGGCGAUCCUCGUCUCGUCUAAUCCGACCAACCUCGUCCUCGCCGGCGCAUUCCAGAUCAGAUUCGUCGACUAUACCGUCAACAUGAUCGUCCCCGUUGUUAUUACCGUCGUCGCCCUCUUCCCAUGCCUCCUGUACGUCAUAUUUCGAAAGGAAAAGCUCAUCCCGAAAUCCAUCACCAUGCACGAGCUCCCCGAAGAGAUGCGCGCCGAGCCGCCCAAAAACCCGUGCAUCCCCUAUGCCAGGGGUGCUGUCGAGGAAGAAGAAGACAUCCACGCCAACGACAGCAAGGGCAAACUCCUCGAACUCGCCGAGAUCAUGCAUCCGUACCUCGACAAGAAGGGCGCCGCGUUCGGAGGCUUGGUCAUGGCGGCUACCCUCAUAACCGUCCUGGUGCUGAAUGCCGUGAAGCCGACGGAUGGGGAAUUGCCCGUUUUCUGGAUCACGCUGCCGGCUGCUGUGGUUAUGUUUUGCUGGGACGUGGCGUCCGGGUGGAUCCAUCGGAAGCAGACUCGCGAGAUUGCGAGGAGUGGGCGCCUGGAGCUAGAGGAAGCUCGUGCUGAACGUGCGCUGUUAAGCAGGUCAGAUCCUGACCCAGAGAAGGAGACAGACGGCCAACAGGGGCAGCGGAAAGACGAAGGCGAAGUACACCCUUGUCGGCCGUCGGAGAUGCAUGCCCAAUCGCCGUCCCUGACAGGUGAUAGUAAAAUCCACAUGCCCAUGUCCCACGACCGCUCUUUGACAAGCACACAAACAACCAUCUUCGCCGACGUUGAAGGAGUGAAAGGAGACGCAUCCACGAAAGCCGCGACGGGUCUAUCCAGCGACACGAUUACAGAAAGCAAAAGACCGCAACAGCAACAAACAACCGACCUCGAAAACGGGCAACACCAAGCAAACGAGGAGCAGGAGAAGCAACCGGCAACGCUUACCUCCCUUGUCUCCGAUGCAUGGGCCUCUUCCCGCGAAACCUUUCCCACCGCCACUUUUGUCCUAUCACACCUUCCCCUGGCCCUUGUCCCUUUUUCCUUCGCUAUGUUCGUCCUCGUCCAGGCCCUCGUCACAAAAGGCUGGGUCCCUGUUUUCGCGCACGGUUGGGACCACUGGGUCCGUGCAACCGGUACUGUCGGCGCUGUCGCCGGCAUGGGCUUCGUCUCUGUGGUGCUCUGCAACUUCGCUGGCACAAACAUCGGCACAACAAUCCUCAUCUGCCGCGUCCUCCAAUCUUGGCAAGCCAUCCACGCCACUUCCACCUCCCCGCCCAUCUCGGACCGCACCUUCUGGGCAACAGUCUACAGCAUGGCCCUCGGCGUAAACUACGGCGCCUUCAGCACCGCCUUCAGCGCCUCUCUCGCGGGGCUCCUCUGGCGCGACAUCCUCGGCCGCAAGCACAUCCACGUGCGUGCCAGGGACUUUGCGCGCUACAACGUGCCCAUCAUCUCGGUCUCCAUGAUCAUCGGAUGCGCCGUUUUGAUCGGCGAGGUGUACAUCAUGAGGGGGACGGAGCCGUAUUCUGUUGAAUGA